GUGUGCAGCUCUGAUUCAACAUGUCCGCCUCCGUGUGCCUCCGCUGCUCCGGGCUCCGUGGGGCUGUGUGGUCCGCCCUGAGGCUCCGUCCCCCGGCUCCAGGGUCUCCUUGUGCCGCGGCGGGUCUGCGGCUCUUCUCGGCUCCGGCUCCGGGAGAGACGCGGCCGAGCAUCGAAGAAUCAACCGCGGAAUACAAGUUUGUGGAGCGGCUCAUCCCCCCGAGCAAGGUCCCAGCCCCUCCUCCCCACACCGGCCCGACUCCGAGCGGCUGGGUGCCCCCCUCCCCCUCCCCUCCCGACCUUCCGUACAUGAUCCGGAGGUCACGCAUGCACAACAUCCCGGUGUACACGGAUGUAACCCACGGCAACAGACUGAUUACCAUCGUGAGGAAGGUGGAGGGAGACAUCUGGGCUCUGGAGAAGGACGUGAAGGCUUUUCUGAAGGACGUCACUGGGAAAGAUCUGCCCACACAAGUCAAUGAGGUUACCAUGACGCUAAAGGUCAAAGGGCAUUUUGACCGCGAGCUAAAGGAGUGGCUGCUCAACAAGGGAUUCUAGGCAUUUGGAUCAAGUGGCUGUUAAGGACUCCUAACGGGUGUUUUCUCAUUGUAUACUGCAAAAAACAAUUCUGCAUAAAUUAAAGUGACUUGAAUUCACAAUACUUUUUUGUUUUGCCUUCAGUAGCGUUGUGCCAGAUUGGCUCUUUUGGUUGCUACAUUACUUGCGGUUGGAAUUCCUAAAAUGCAGCUUGACUCCAGAUUGGCCCCUAUAACUGCUCUGGCCUCGAUGAGCUUCAUUUGACUGGAGCUGAACACUGUGGGUGACGUCACACUCACUUCGUCCACUUCAUUAUACAGUCUGUGUUUUAAACUAGAGCUGCUGGAUGAUAUUCACCUUCUCCCAUCAGUCAGCCUCUGUUUGGGUAAUUCCAUAACUGUUACCUAGCAACCAGUGCUGGAAGAAGUACUAAAUUUUGUUACUUAAGUACAAGUACAGAUAACAAUAAAAGUAUUAGUAAGUAAGUAAAACUGUACUCAAAAAGUAAAAGUAUUUCUUGCAGGGGUCUUGUAAAGCUUCAAAUGUAUUGAGUUUGAUAAAGAUUUGUGCU